AUGGAACCAGCGUACCAACCCUCUGCCCCGGACCGUCUUCACCAAAUGGGAGAGGAGGUGAUCCAAACUCUCACCAAACUGGCAACUCCAUUGUCACCACAGCCUCUGGUUCCAGAAGCCCUGGUUCCGGUAAACCCAGCCUUGGCUAUUGAUGCCCCCGAGCCAAAGAUUGGCAACCCCGAAUGCUUUCACGGCGACCCAACCGAGGUUCUGCGCCGUCUCCUGGAAAAUUCCCUGUUUGUCAAAGCAGAGAAAUGUGAAUUUCACGUCAGAUCGGUAUCAUUUCUGGGACAGAUAGUGGCAGAGGAAAGUCUUCAGAUGGACCCUACAAAAGUGACGGCAGUAACAUCCUGGCCUGUACCGGAGAACCGCAAAAAACUGCAACAAUUCCUGGGCUUUGCCAACUUCUACAGACGAUUCAUCCGGAAUUACAGUACAGUGGCAUCUCCCUUCACAGCCCUUCCCAGCACAAAGGUUCCAUUCAGGUGGACUCCAGCAGCCGACAAGGCCUUCGGGACGCUUAAGGCACGCUUCACUUCUGCCCCAAUCCUCCAAAUGCCCGACCCAGAGCGACAAUUUGUGGUAGAGGUGGAUGCGUCUGAAGUGGGGGUCGGAGCAGUGCUUUCACAGUGCGCAACAUCGGACGGCAAGUUACAUCCAUGCGCCUUCUACUCUCGCCGACUGUCCGCGGCAGAGCAGAAUUAUGACAUUGAGAAUCGCGAGCUGCUGGCUUGAAGGAUCAACCAUUCCAUUUCUGGUGUGCACCGACCAAAAGAACCUUAAAGACAUAAUAACAGCUCGGUGGUUGAACCCGCGGCAGGCCCGGUGGUCCCUAUACUUCACACGUUUCAAUUUCACCCUCUCUUACCACCCUGGUUCCCGGAAUGCAAAGCCCGAUGCUCUCUCUCGAGUAUUCCAGAAGGAUGAAACACGAGUGGAGGAUUCUAAGCCCAUUCUCCCAGAUUUCUGCCUCAUUGCUACAUUGACCUGGGACAUUGAGAAGCAGGUCAAAAAAGUUAUCCGGGAUCAGCCUGGCCCCAGCGCCUGCCCCCCUGAUCGCCAAACGUGUCCAAAAAACAGACAAAGUUUUAUUGCAAACAAAAAUCAAAAGCUGCAAAAGUACUUGAUUACAGAAAGAAUGGUAGCAUAGGCUUAGUCCAACAAACACAUAACUGAACUAAAUGUGGUCAGCUCUCAGCAAACAGGACCCACUGGUCAUCACCAGGCUGACUGGCCAGUCUUAAAUACCAGGCUUAUGAUGAUCAGGCUCAGCUGGGCGAUCUGGGUGGAGAAAAUGAGGGAGAAUGAACACAAAAAGAAAAAACUACGGCCUUGUGCCAUAACAGUGAGGAAACCUGGAAACAUUGGAGCUAAGUAGAGCCAUAACCAAUAAGAUCUAGAUAACCAAACCCAAAAGGCUUGAGUGAUACCAUGCACUGUACUUAGGUUUGGCAACGACUAUGGUUAUUACGGAGUCUACGACAGCUUUCUAUUUUAUAUAUAUAUACGUAUAUAUACAGUAGGGCAAAUAAGCAUUUAGUCAACCACUAAUUGUGCAGGUUCUCCCACUUGAAAAUAUUAGAGAGGCCUGUAAUUGUCAACAUGGGUAAACCUCAACCAUGAGAGACAGAAUGUGAAAAAAAAAAAAAAAAAAAAACUGAAAAUCACAUUGUUUGAUUUUAAAGAAUUUAUUUGCAAAUCAUGGUGGAAAAAUAAGUAUUUGGUCAAUACCAAAAGUUCAUCUCAAUACUUUGUUUUGUACCCUUUGUUGGCAAUAACGGAGGCCAAACGUUUUCUGUACUCUUCACAAGCUUUUCGCACACUGUUGCUGGUAUUUUGGGCCAUUCCUCCAUGCAGAUCUCCUCUAGAGCAGUGAUGUUUUGGGGCUGUCGUUGGGCAAAACGGACUUUCAACUCCCUCCACAGAUAUUCUAUUAGGGUUGAGACCAGGAGACUGGCUAGGACACUCCUUGUAGGACCUUGUAAUGCAUCUUACGAAGCCACUCCUUUGUUGCCCUGGCUGUGUGUUUGGGAUCAUUGUCAUGCUGAAAGACCCAGCCACGUCUCAUCUUCAAUGCCCUUGCUGAUGGAAGGAGAUUUUCACUCAAAAUCUCUGGAUACAUGACACCAUUCAUUCUUUCCUUUACACAGGUCAGUUGUCCUGGUCCCUUUGCAGAAAAACAGCCCCAAAGCAUAAUGUUUCCACCCCCAUGCUUCACAGUGGGUAUGGUGUUCUUCGGAUGCAAUUCAGUAUUCUUUCUCCUCCAAACACGAGAACAUGUGUUUCUACCAAAAAAUUAUAUUUGGGUUUCAUCUGACCAUAACACAUUCUCCCAGUCCUUUUUCUGCAUCAUCUAAAUGCUAUCUAGCAAACCGCAGACGGGCCUGGACGUGUACUGGCUUCAGCAGGGGGACACGUCUGGCAGUGCAGGAUUUGAGUCCCUGGCGGUGCAUUGUGUUACUGAUAGUAGCCUUUCUUACUGUGGUCCCAGCUCUCUGUAGGUCAUUCACUAGGUCCCCCCGUGUGGUUCUGGGAUUUUUGCUCACCGUUCUUGUUAUCAUUUAGACACCACGGGGUGAG